UCUUAACAGAAAAAGAGUACUGGUACUGAAGUAGAUCACAAUGGAGCACAAUGGCGGGUGGCAGGCUCGAGGUAGCGGCUCUGGCCGUGGCUAUCGUGGGCGUGGUGGUCAUCGAGGUCGUGGAAGAGGUCGCGGACGUGGGGGACAAGGUGGUCGGUUGGCUGCUUCCAAUGGAUUUACGUCGUCUAACGGUCGAAGCGCCUCGAACAGCUCGUCCGAGCCUGCCAUCAGUUUGGAUGAGAGCUUCACCAUGGAGAUCCACGCGGCUCUCCAAGCUCUAGUAGAAGACGGUGAGCGUACUGAGAUGAGCUUCCCUCCCAGCUACGAUAACACGCAGCGGCGCUAUAUCCACUCGAUGGCACAAAAGUACGGACUGUUCUCCAAGAGCUCCGGCAAGAAAGGUGCCGGCCGCUUCAUCCACGUGGCCAAAGUCAAGAAGAACGCGGCCAUGCAGGAAGUCUCAUUGCGGCUGCCAGCUGCACCGCUUAAUGCAACGACAGUUGAGUGGUUCCCACCGGUAAUUAGGGCAUACAUGGAAAGAUAUCCCGCUCCAAUGGAGGGGGCAGUGGACCCGUGGAGUGUUAAAGAUCUGAGUCCACUGGCCUCGGUACCAAAGAGACACCAUGGGCGAGGCGGUGGAUCGCCUUUUAAGCCCCUACCAAGUCACUCGAAGGGAACAGGGGUCAAGGUAGUGAGGACACCACCUGUGGAAGCAACCAAGCUGCCAGUGUACGGUUAUCGAGAGCACAUUUUGGAGCUGGUGGAGAGAAAUCAACUGGUGGUAUUGUCGGGGGAUACAGGAUGCGGUAAAUCGACGCAGAUCCCGCAAUUUCUGCUGGAUGAUGCGUUGGCGCGAGGACGUGGAGAGGAGACGAGGAUUAUCUGUACUCAACCUCGACGAAUUAGCGCCAUCUCACUUGCGGAACGAGUUGCACGUGAACGCACUGGACAAGACCCGAAGGAGGUGGGUCAUGCCAUUCGAUUUGACUCAUCGUUCGAUGCCAAGCGGUCGAAGUUGAUCUUCUGUACUACGGGAACGUUACUCAAGUGGCUUAACAACGACCCACUCGCUAAAGGAUUUUCCCAUAUUAUCUUGGAUGAGGUGCACGAGCGUGACCAGUUUACGGACUUCUUGCUGAUUCUUAUCAAGACGUCGAUUCUCAAGCAGAGACCGGACCUCAAGGUUAUUCUGAUGAGCGCUACGAUUCAGGUGGAGAAGUUCUCGCAGUACUUCCAGCCAGAUUUCCCCGCUCCCGUACUGCAGAUGGUGGGCGGUACUAACUUUCCCGUGACGACACUUUUUCUCGAAGAUGUACUAGCAUUGCUGGAGAGUGAUCGGAGCUCACCGUUGCCCAUCAUGGACGAUUCACGUGUCGGACGUAUCGGAGGUGGUCAGUUAGCUGCAGCACCUGCGAGUAGCGGGCUUGAGUGUCCUUUGUGUGGCGACACAAGAAUUGCCGACGAGGAGGCAUUUGGUAUGCAUGUGGCGACCUGCUUCGGGGAACCUAGCGCUGACUUUGGAGCACCGUCGGCUCCUGAACCAGAAAUGGCUCCUGUGUCUGUGCCAGUCGCGGCCAUGGGGGAUGUUCUGCAAGCCACUUUGAGUGAGAUUAAUGACGACGCCAAGGAGGCUCUGUUGUCAUCAUACAUGAAGCAGCAAGACGCACUACGACAAGAUCAAGCUGUGGAUUAUGACCUUUUGCUACAGCUUCUCUUCCUUGUGAACCGCACCUUCCCGCUAGAUGAGGCUGGAAAAGGAGCCAUUCUCGUCUUCCUGCCUGGUUGGGAGGAGAUUUCCUUUAUGGAGCGAGCUCUUCUCAAUUCCCCGGCAACGUCAUCAACGUACGAGAUUGCUCUUCUCCACUCGCGCUUGUCCGCUCAGGAACAACGUCGCGCGUUCAUGGCUCCGCCCUAUGGAAAGCGGAAACUGGUUCUGGCUACGAACAUCGCAGAGACCAGCCUUACGAUCGAGGAUGUGGUGUUUGUGGUGGAUUGUGGCAAGUCAAAGCAGGCGCACGCGCUAGCCUCGACUUCAAGCUCGUCUUUUGUGAUGGGACUGCAAACUACGUGGGUGGCUCGUGCCAAUUGUGUGCAGCGUACAGGACGUGCCGGUCGUGUGCGUGCCGGUAUCUGCUUCCGUAUCUUCUCGAAAGCUCGAUACGAAACUGGUAUGAAGGAAUUCAUGCAGCCUGAGCUGCUGACGACACCGUUGGAGGAGUUGCUAUUGCAAAUCAAGCUGCUCCAGCUUGAAAAGAAGCUUCAUAUCCACGACGCUAAGGAGUUUCUGCUGGAGGCGAUGGAUGCGCCUAGCGAGAUUUCAAUUGAUGCUUCACUGCAGCGCUUAGAAGAUAUGCGUGCACUGGCAAAUAGCGGCAAAGGCAAACAGGCAUUGACAUUGCUGGGAUGGCAUUUGGGCCACAUUUGCACUGGAGGUGUCUCUGUACAGAUGGCAAAGCUUCUGCUGUGGGGCCACACAUUCGGCUGCUUCGGCGCGAUCCUGCAGACCACUUGCACACUGAGCGGAUACCGGGAUCCUUUUAUCAGUUUCCUUGGUAUGUCACCAGAGGAGCAGCGUCAGGUGGAUGCAUCCAAGAAGGCAUUUGCACGCAAUGGGUCACCGCUAGGUCUUACCUUGCAGAGCGACCACUUUGUGCUUUGGAAGGCGUUUGAGGCGUACCUCGACGCGCGAGAACGCUCAUCAUUCAAGGCCAAGGAUGCGUUUUGUGCUCGGAACAAGCUGCAUCGACAGACACUUGAGCAACUUUUUUCGAUCUACAGACAACUCCAGCAAGAUUUGGACCUAAUGGGGCUGUCACCGGCAACGCAGCUCGUGUCUACUCCUGUGUCGAGGAUGCCUGCUACAAUGGAAAGCAUUACUCCGUACUUGAUGGCACUCAGUAUUGGGAUGUACCCGAAUGCGUUAUUCACUCGCUCGGGAGGCGUAAGUCGCAACUGGACGUCGAAAGAGAAGGUGAAGGUGAAAAUGGACGGCACGUCUAUGGUAACGUGGACCGCCUCGAAUACCCAGAAGCACAAGCGGAAGAUGGGUUCUGAACAGGAGGAGCUCGGCCCGCCAGAUGAAUGGCUUGUGUACCAUGAAAUGAUGCAGUCUGAGCGCACGCGUGUUGCCAAGUAUGGCACGAAAUUGCCAUCGCAAUUGUUGCAGGCGCUUCUUAUGGGCUCUGUGGAGUUGCAGACAGUGGAGCAACAGGACGUUGAUAUGGAUGUCAAUGAUGGUUCUGUCGUGGCCAAGUGGCUGCUUGUGCUUGACGACUGGAUCGUGUACGAGUUGGGCAGAUAUGAUGAAGCGCGCUGGAUUGCGCUGCUACGCGAGCGUUUACACGCUUCAUUCAUUCGACACUUGGAGCGUCUGCAUGACAACGCUCAGCAUGGUGGUGGUAGACCUUUGUCAGAAGCCGAUCAGCAGCUCAAGCUGCAUGAUGCAGAGCUUCUUCAAGCUUUGGUGGCUUGGAUCUCUUCUGAUCUACGUCGUGGAUCUAGACGCUAACUGGAGAGACUAAGGAUGAUCGCCGUCGCAUCCGCAUUUGCAGGCUAUUGAUUACCUCAUUCGGCGUGGUGUUUUUAGUGGCAGCAGGUUGCACAGACCCGUAGUUUAGCUCUUCAGCGGCUUGGAGGAAAUCGUCGAUGGAGAACUGAUACUUGUGCAAAUAUUGCAUGACGCAUGUAAGCGCUUUGCGUUUGCCACGAUCGCCACCUCCGUACAUCUCGACAAUUCGACCUAAAAUGCUUUCGAGCUCACCAAGCGUAUUGUGCAGUUCCGUGCCGUUCCCGCGAUUUUCUCCAAUUACUUUACCCGAGACAGCCACAGUUGAAGCUGCGAGUAAGCCGCUCCGUACUCGUGCCUGCUUGAUAUCUUCUUGAACAAGGGACCCUAACUGCUUCACCGACGUGCUUUUGAUGUGCGUAAUCUUGUUGCGGAAUUCUUGGAUAAUAUUGUGAGCCAUCUCUGGAUAAUGCAUCGAAAUCCGGUCGAGGCCAUGCAAACUGAGCACAAACAGACUCAUGUACGUCUUGGCACGAAUACUGGCAGCUCUCUUGGAUCGUGUGAGCAUAGCAAUUUCGCCAAAGUAGCUGCCUUCAAGCAAAGUCGCCACCACUUGCUCCUCACUGGUGCCGGCCUUAAACACCACCUCGGCUGCUCCUUUGACGAGGAAAUACAUGUGACGACCUACCUGUCCUUCUUUAAACACGUACUCGCCUGGCGUACAGAAUUCUGGAUCCAAAAUACCCAUGAGGUAGCUCACGCACGCAUCGUCCUGUGUCGCGAAGAAGCUAAUCUUGCUCACAACAUCUCUGUUUAAAUGCAAGACCAGUUGGCUACGAAGAUCAUCCGAGAGCGCAGCUAGAAUCGUUUCUUCGUUUUCAUCAUCCCGCUGCAACAAAUAGUACUCAUAGUAUCGUCGAAGUCGCUCGGCCAAUGGUUGGGAGAUUUUUCGUUCACGGAGAUAAGCCUUGAGGUGAUCCAUUCGUGUUCGGAAAGUGUCAGAGGAUUCAUUCAACUCUUCAACGACACUGGAUAAAGUACCAACCACAUAGGUGAACGUCGAAGCGCCGAUUAAAACUCCGAUCGAAACAUACGCAACUUCAGUAAUAUUGCGCGGUAUGGUAUCACCGUAACCCACCGUUGUCAUCGUGGUUACAGCCCAAUAGAGAAAGUAAAUAUACAUUUCGCCAUUUGAGCUUUGUUCAGCAGGAAAAUAAGACUGGAUACCCGGACCUC